AUGGCAAAGGUUGUGCUUUGUAUCGCCCUGAUGCCGCUGCUGGCCGCAGCGGCAGCGCAAAUCAACUAUCCUUGGGAUCAACAGCUUCCGCCAGUUGCUCGAGUUGGAUCAUCUUUCACCUACCAGUUUGCCCCUACAACUUUCUCGGGAUCAGAGAUACUAUACUAUGCGCUGACAGGGAAUCCUUCCUGGCUGUCGCUCGAUGACGAAAGUCGGAUGCUUACCGGUACCCCAGGCUCCAGCGAUGCAGGCUUCGCAACCUUCAACAUUACGGCGACUGGAGACGAUGGUUCAGUCGCGAGUAUGGCAUCGAAACUAUACGUAUCUACAGAUAGUGAGCCCGUUGCAAAAGCAGACAUAUCUGAGCCACUGUCUGCCGCUGGCCAACUCACCGGACCCAAGACUGUCACGCUGAAGCCAUCCACGCCAUUCACGGUGGACUUUCCUUCCGACUCAUUUGAUUCUAAAGGAUUGAAACUAUCUUACUAUGCGAUGCUAUCGGAUCAUACUCCACUCCCCGCGUGGAUUCGAUUCGACCCAUCAUCGAUGCGCUUCACAGGAACUACAAUGGCAACAACAAUCUCGCAAUCUUUGGAAAUACUCAUGAUAGCCAGCUACACUCCCGGAUUUACUGACUCUUCACUCUCUUUCACAAUAUCAAUCAGCCAACAUACGUUUGGCUUUAGCCCAUUCGGCCAAACGAUCAACGCAGCGAACGGGCAGAGUAUCAGCGUCAACAACAUCAAGUCAAAACUGUUUCUAGACGCUGCUUCAAUCAGUGAUAGCGAUAUAAAGUCUAUCACGGCCGACACACCCUCUUGGCUGAUAUUCGACAAGGAGACGUUUGCGAUAUCAGGCGAGGCGCCCGCCGACGCGACAUCACAAGACUUUGUCGUUACUGCGCAAGAUCAGUUUGGAGACUUUGCCGAUUACACUAUUCACCUUAUACUCGACUCGCAAUUCUUUGCAGGUAAUAUCGAUGACUUGAACGCCACGCUUGGCGAACAAUUCAACCAUGUAUUACCACGGACUAUCCUUGCAAAUGGCGAUGAAAGGGUUACCAUCGAUUUCUCGGCUCUGUCAGACCAUCUCACUUUCGACCCUGAUACUUUCAAAAUUUCAGGCGCCAUACCGAGUGAUUUUGCGACGCAGAAUGUCGAGUGUUUGAUCACUGCGACGUCGGCAGAUGGUGGUUCACACGACACUCAGGCAUUUCACAUCAAUGUUUCCAAGGCCAUUGCUCCCCCUAAUUCUGAUGCUUCGACCAGCUCUAAUACUCAACAUGGAAGCUCUAAAAGAAACAAAGAUGGUAUAAUCGCCGGCGCUGUCAUUGGCAGUAUCUUCGCGGCCCUUUUAUUGGUUGCUCUUGUUAUCUGUAUAUUCCGAAGGAGAAGAAACUCGGGUAGCUAUAUCAACCGGAGGCGACCCAGAAGUCCAAGAAAGUCGGAAAUCAGUCGACCAAUGUUCAUACCAUACGGAUGGCCGGACAAUCACAUGGAUAUGCACGCGGAUGAGGACCUAGAGAAGGGCAAAGAUGCACACGACCCAUAUGUUGAGCGUACCCCAGAACAGCCGCCAAAGCUUGAUCUCAAUCUCCCCGCCAAACGAAACAGGAGUAAUAGCCAUUCGUUGACUGAUUCGAUCGGGGAUAUCAGUACCCGCAUACUGGAUAUCUUCGAAGAGUCUCCUUUUGGAAUACACAAUGACAUCACCCCAUCACAACACCCACCUGACUCGAUGAAGAUUCCUGUGGAGCUAGCAAAGCGAGGAUCACAAAGAUCUGAUGACUUCCGCAAGCACAAACGCCGAACCACGACCGUGUAUCAUGAUCAGAUCCAUCGCAGCACGGGACUUCCAGUCAAUAGACGUAUCACGGGAAUGGGCCACGGACGUCACACCUACUCGCCCUCUCGGAGCAACACAAACUUUUCGUCUAUUCGUCGACCGAUGAGUACCAGUUCAUAUACUACCAGGUGCACGAGCAUCUUCUCUAUGGCACCUUCGGCAUUUGCACAAUCACCUGCAGCACGGAAACACAAGACCUUUGUCACAACACCAACCGAAGCCCGUCGUAGCAUCAGAGUAGUACCCAGCUCGCGUCGCAGCAGUCUCAUGGAUCGACGGACGAUAGAUGAAAAGCGGAGCUCAUAUAUUCGGAAAAGAGCCUCUGCCCAGUCACCGUUCUUCAGCGCUGGAUUCAGGGCAUCAUCAUCCACUUACACAUCGCCACCUGCCUUCAUCAAUGAAACCAGGUCUACUUCUAGGAAUGCAUUAUCACCUCUCUCGCGGAAUACCAUUGUCAGGCCAGAUGACAGUGUUAUUGAUGGAAGGGAAAACACGCCAGAUGUUCCAGAUUUGGUAGAAUCACCUAGCCAGGAGUUUCCAGGAAGCCUUCGUAAAUACCGAACCAACCGACCACAUACAGCGAUUUCGCCGCCACGGAGCAAAGUAGAAAAAUCUUACAGUAGACCGGGGACUACCGUUGGUCCAGCGUCUGGUGGAUUUCGUCGCCGUGCAAGUACACGCACGAGUCUUCGAGCGUAUGAUCUGAAGGCCAGCCUCAAUGAUCUCACGGGUAGCAAGGUCUUUGAGGAUGCUGAGAUGAGCGACAGUGUGUAUUCUGCCGAGGAGCACGACAUUGAAGAGGCUGAGCGGCGCAAAACAGUCACGCAAAGCCAAUACACCCUACCGCCACUGAAUCUUGACAGGGUUGACACGAAGCGUAACAACAAGAGGAACAGCAAAGCCGAGAAGAAGAGCAAACGUGAAAGUAAGCGCGAUAGCAAGAGGGAGCUCAAGCGUACAAGCGAACGUGAUCCUACACCUUACUUCCACCUAUCAACUGCCCAUGAGCAUGGCGGCAAGGAGAACGCAUCUUCAUCUUACAAUCUGGGUCAUCGUAGCACGCCUGUAAGAAGUGAAGCAAAUGGAAAAUCCACAGUGCUUUCAUCUCCAGAACGACCCAAAACGAUGGCCGCUCGCAACUCUCGCACGACCGAAGCCAGAAAGUCCAAGUGGAUUAGCCAAAAACCCAUGAUCCGCCAGGACUCGAACAAGGAACGACACUCGCGCAAAUCCAUCCAUUCACGCACCCAAUCCCGGCACUCUGGUGGCCCAGCCGCCUAUGCCAAGAAAGACACGAAAAAACGACGUAGUCAUUCUCGCUCCCAAUCCUCCGCCUACCCCUUCUUCGACACUUCCGUGCUCGACACUACACCUUGUACAAAACCUCGAGCUAGCCUCAUCACCAACAAUCCCCUCACCCCAGCUCCCACCACCACUACAACCGCCACCACCGCCUUACCCGUCACUACCAGCACUAGCCCCAACACUCCCCACGCCAACAACAAAGCAAUCAACAGCAACAACAGAAAGACGGGCACCACGAACACCAAACCCACCCUCAUGACCCGCGACCUCUCCGGCAACCUGACCUUUUACGGCGCAGACGAAGAACCAACAAUCGAACACCUAGACAGCAGCUCCAUUGCCUUUCGCUCCCGUAACGGCACCCUCAGUCCCACCGCGCGUCAAUCCCGUCUCGCUUCCCUACACCUCUCCUCGCAGCCACCCACGCCCUUGUCCAUGCCUGUGAGCCCGGACCCUACGCCUACGCCGCCACCCCCGCCCAAGAGCGCGAGGCGCGAGACUGUGAGUAGUCGGACGAGUGGCGGGUUGGGAUUUUUCCCCGGACAGACGGUCGGGGAUGAGAAGACGAAGGGUGUGGGUGGGAGGACAGACGGAGCAAGUGCGAAUACGAAUGGGGAUGCGGUUGCGGGUUUAGAGGGAAAUGCGAGAGCGAGGGAGAAGAGCGAGGGCUUGCAGGAGAUGCAGCUGGAGCAGGACAAGGACAAGGGUAGGGAGCAGGAGGCUGGGAGGAAGACUUGGGGUAGUAUAAGGACUGUUUUGGGGAAAAGUGGGAGAUGGGUUGGUGGCGGGUAUUGGGAGGGUCGGGGGAAGGAGGAGAAGGUUUUUAUAUGA